GGAAUUCUUGUCACGCAUCUUCCGGGAGCCCCAAGCGCAUGCGACGCCCCUCGUCCGGCCUUCACCCCGCUACACGUCCCUCUCUACCGCGCCCGCCGCCCCCGCCCCGUGUGGCCUGCAAUUGAGCCAUGGUCACCUCGCCAGCUGUUCCCGAAAUCUAUGAAGACGAGCUACACUCGGCCAUCGAAGCGCGCUCAGAAUCCCUCCAGACGCUCCGAGAACUCGGCCCGCCCGACCUGGUCCACCUGAUAAAACAGCCCAUCAAGUCUGCGACAAAACAGAUUGGGGUAUACCAUCAUGUCUGCGGCAUAGACGCUUCCUCGUCGGCCAGCCUCGCCGCCUACAUCAACACACUCACCUACUCUGCGCACGACAAGCAAAACAAAGUCGUCUCGGGACUAUACUGCUGCUACAAUGCCUUCUCGCGGCUGGACAUGCGCGUGCAGGUCUACAUUCCAGGAACCGUGGAGAGCUACUGCAUCGACGAGCGCGGCGACAAGCGAGUAGCCAGCGACGAGCUCUGGCUCGAGACGUAUCUCUGCAGCGUGCUGCGUGCAUAUUCCUACGCUGACGACGGCUCGGGCGAUACCAUCAAGAAGAUUGUGGGUGUGCGGAGGUUCAACCCCAUCACAAGCACGGAGAGCGAACACAGGUUUCUGGAUGCUGCGGAGCGCCUCUUUUUCAACGGCUGGCAAUUGGGAUCCGACCCUGAGAUCCAGGUCCCCAAUCUGGUUUCGAAUCACCUCACAACAGGCCUACUCCACUACAUUCACACAACCGGCAGAUACACGUCAGGCAUCAACCUGUUUGAAAAGCUGCGGACUCGUGAUCCCGAGAUCUCGUCACUCCUCGCCCGUGUUUACAUUGAAGCAGAUGAGGAGGUCAAGGCUGUACAACUACUACACGAUGCGAUCCAAGAGCUGCCCAUGGACUAUUCUUUACUGGAUUGCCAAGCCGAUUUCUGCAACAAGAAAGGCCGUGGUGAUCUCGCCCUCGAAAUUGCAAAGAGGAGUGUGGUGUCCGCACCUAGUGAGUUCGGCACAUGGGCGCGCUUGGCAGAGAUAUACGUCAGCCUCGAGCAGUGGGAUCUUGCCUUGUUGACGCUCAACUCAUGCCCAAUGUUCACAUAUCAGGACAAGGACGCUCCACGGAUGCCGGAACCCCAAAGAGUCUUCCUGCCAAUCAUGCCCGAAGCAAUGUGUGAUGAGAUAGAAGAUUCCAACGUCGACGACAUGGAGCUCGUACACCCAACGCUAAGGAAACUGCAUGCAGCUGGCUUCAAAGGCACCUUCCUGAAAGCCUACAUGCUGCUUACAGAGAUCACAAAGAAGAUUGGUUGGGAUCAACUGCUAAAGAUAAGAAGCCAAGUGUUUGUCAUGGAAGAGGAAUACCGCCAUGAAAAGACUGUCCAACAGCCGCACUCGCGCAACGCCAGCACAACAGCCCUCCGCUCUCCAUCUCCAAACACGCAUGCCCAACAGGUGAAUGGCAAUGAGCAUGGCGAAGUCGAAGAACGCAACUCCAGCGACCAAAACAACCACAACGGUGAAUCUUCCGGUCCCGGAGUAGAAGCUGAUCUCGAGAAGCCUGGCCACACAGUCGCCUCUGAAGUCGUCAAGGCCGGCAGCGAAGACCCCCACGCACAUGAAAGCCAGAACAACACCAGCAAUGGCAACACGGCGCAACAAAACUACACACACUUCCAGAACAAGCGCUUGUGCGAGCGCUGGCUCGACAACCUCUUCAUGGUCCUGUACGAAGACCUGCGCGUAUAUACGAUAUGGCGCACGGAAAUGGCUCAGUACCGCCAGCAGCAGUUGCUGUACAAGAAGAGCAGUGAGGAGUGGGAAAUCCUAGGCGAGCUGGCUGAGCGGCUGCACCACAGCGAAGAGGCCGUAGAGGCAUACGAGAACUGUCUGCAAAUCAAGUUUUCGCCAAAGGCCAUGAAGGGCGUCCUCAAGCUCGGCGAGAAACGCAAACAAGUCCGCGAUGUCACGGCCGCGCUCAUUCGACUCAUCACAUGGCAGUACCGCUGGUACUCCGAGUUUUCCCCCUCGCUCCUGUACACCAUCCGCAAACUCAUCGAGGAGGAGGGCGCCGUCAAGAUUCGCAGCAUCGUCCAAGGCACUUCGCUGCCCCAGCACGUCCUCGACCUCACCCACCAGUAUGCCGCGUUAUGCGCUGCCUUCAGGAGCAGCGGCAGUGACGGUUAGGUGCGCGAGCCUCUCAGCAUGUAUGGGGGUAUACGAAUUAAUAGCGUGCUAUCGUUUUACGCUGGUGCCAAAACAAACUAGAGGGUGUGCAUUGAUCAGUGACGGUUUCAGUGAGAAUAAUCCUGUCCAGAGAGCGUUGGCGUUGAACAUGGAGGCAUGGACAGUUUAGUUCGUAGUACAUUGUUUUUUUUUCAGUCACAUUGGCGAUACGGGAAAAUGCCUGAAUCGGUAU